AUGCAAUCGUUAUCAUUGGGUAUCCAAUCGCAGCUAGUGCUCACUUAUCAAUGCAGCAUUGACGUGACUGGCAGUCUUCAUCAAAGCUUCGCAAAGAAAAUGACUGAGGAUCGCUCUGACAUGAAGAAAGACGAUUCGGAAUCCAAAGGCGCAAAUGGCGAUCGCGGCGGUAGUCCUUCAAAUGAGAAUGGCGCUGAACGAGAACAUCGCGAUGACGUUUGCCGCGAUUUUCUUAAGAACAUAUGCAAUCGCGGCUCACGCUGCAAAUUCUACCAUCCCGCAGACAGCAAGCAGCGCACUGAAGAUAUGAUCAAUUUCUGCAUCGACUUCCAGAAUCGUGGCUGUAUGCGCGACAAUUGCCGCUUUGUGCAUGCGUCGCGCGAGGAAGUGGAGCGCUACAAGCACACGCGCGAAGUCACGUUGCCGCUUGCGCGAGCAAUCGCAGCGGUCACGCAAGGCGACACUAUCGCGGGAAUCCCGGUCUGCAAGGAGUUUCAGUCUGGCAAAUGCGCUCGCGGCGCACAGCGUUGUCGCUAUUGGCACGUGAACGUGGAAGAGGAGCGCGAACGACGACUGCGUGGUCUUCCCCCGUCAGGUGGGCCUGCCGGCAGAUUUGGUGGUCCGUCUGGAAGCCGCUACGGCGGUCCUCCAGGCGGUUCGCUUUAUGGUUUAGCACCGCUGGGCAUGCGACGAGCUGGCCCGCCGCUCGAUGGACCGUACGAGAAGCGAUCCCGCAUGGAAGAAAGCCGUGUUACUGAAUUAGAGCGCAAGAAUGCAGAGCUUUCAAAGGAAGUGGAGACGCUGAAAAGAGAAUUGCAACGCGAGCAUGAACGCUAUGAAGAUCUUUAUGCGCUGUUCCGUCAGCAGAGCGGCGGUGCGGGUGCGGCCCCGUCGAAAGCCGCUGCGCAGAGUGGUUACGGAGUAGGUGGCUAUGGCAACUGGAACGCUGGCGGCGGUUGGCAGUAGAUUGUAAAUUCUAAUUCGCUGACAGUUCUCAUUCCCGUAUGAUCUUUUCUCGCAAGCGUGUUGUUGUUAAUUGUCAUUGUUACUCUAAACACUGGCCGCAGUUGUAAUUUACUUAAUCCUCUGCGUCUGAAUUAUAUUUGCGGCGUGGGCUGCGAACUUGCGUUAUUGUUCGGUUGUCGUUGCCCUGCUAAAAGCAUCUUUGUUCAAGAAGUAUUUCCAUCAGAUACGCGCAAAGUAGGCUCACAAUGUAGUCGUACUUGAGUUUACGUAGACUGUUUUGUUGGGUGUAAUAACAUUUAUUAUCUGCACUAUGUUAACUGUAUAAAGCGGUAGUUUUGGUCAAUUGUUUCGUAUACGUGCUGCAAUAUCCAUAGUUAUGCGUUCAUUUUACAUGGUUACCGAGCCACAUAAAAACAGAUUGGGGUGAAAAUUUGAGUGAGACUGCGAAUUUGCAGUGUGAUCAAUCAGCGAGGAACGUUCUUUCGUAUCUCGCCUAGAAGUCCG